CGGAUUUUUUCCGUCACGUUCAAGGGCAGAGAGAGAGAGAGAGAGAGAUGAAAAUGGUGGUACAAAUUUUUCAGAUGGUUUUGUUGUUGUGGCAAAUGAGUAGUGCAUUGGCACAAUCACAGUCUUUAGCAUUGCCUGUAGCAUUGCCUGAUUGCCAAGCACAGUGUGGGAGUGUUACGAUUCCAUACCCUUUUGGAAUUGGACCCAACUGCUACCUUGAUGAAUGGUUUUCGAUAUCCUGCAAUGAUACUUAUAAUCCUUCCAAGCCUUUCUUAAAUAGCACCAAACUCGAAGUUCUGAAUGUAUCGAUGGAACUAGGCACAGUUCGUGUCAACUAUCCUGCAAAGUCAACGUGUGGUGAUAUGAGCAGUGCCUAUGUGAUGAGCUUGGAAGGAGGCCCUUUUGUUUUCUCCCAAUCCAAAAAUAGAUUCACUGCUGUCGGAUGCAACAACUUGGCUCUGAUGACAAUGGUCAACGGUUCGACCAUUGGCGGGUGCUUAUCUUUCUGCCGAAGUGGUUUAACUGCAAGUAGUAGUACCUGCAAUGGGAUUGACUGCUGCCAGACAACAAUCCCUUCGGAUCUUCAGGUGUUCAAUACAACUAUAGAGAGCGUGGAAACCGGGGAACCCACAGAGGGAUGCAAGUAUGCAUUCUUAGUAGACCGACAAUGGUUUGAGAACGAAGGACUAAGAAAAGCCUCAGACAUACAAAACAUGGACUCCCUUCCUGUGGUGCUGGAGUGGAGGAUAGAUAGACGGACAUAUGACUCGCUUGCAACGAAUAAAUCAAUAGCUUUCAACAAUUCAACUGUGUGUGAAAGUGGAAGUUUCGUCAAUUCCACCUCUUUUAGUAACAAGAACUCCAUGGUUCGAUGUUCUUGCAAAAGGGGAUACGAAGGAAAUCCGUAUCUUCCUGAUGGAUGCCAAGAUAUCGAUGAAUGUGUGGAUCCACAGAGCCCUUGUUUGCUAGAAAAUCUUGGAUAUACUUUUAUCUGUAAUAAUACUAUUGGGAGUUAUGAAUGUUACUUUUUCGGUCCUCCUGAAAAGAAGAAAUCUGCAGUGAAACCAGUGGUUAUAGGUACGCCUCUGUCCCCUCAGUUGGUAUUGGUGCAAGCUUGGGGCUAUUACUUCUUCUUGCUACUGCGUGGUGGUUACAAGGUGGUGAAGAAAAGAAAUGACACUAAACGCCGAGAGAAGUUCUUCAAACAAAACGGUGGCUUUUUUAUCAAAGAACAAUUGAGCUCCGGUGAAGUCAAUGUUGAGAAAAUAAAAAUAUUUGAUCCAAAGGAGCUAGAGAAGGCCACAGAUCAUUUUAAUGUGAACAGAAUACUUGGUCAGGGAGGCCAAGGUACCGUUUACAAAGGAAUGUUGACAGAUGGAAGACUUGUUGCAGUGAAAAAGUCGAAGGUGAUUGAUGAAGGGAAACUCAGGCCUUUCAUUAACGAGAUUGUCAUUCUUUCACAACUUAACCACAGGAAUGUGGUUAAGCUAUUCGGGUGUUGUUUGGAGACAAAUGUUCCUCUACUGGUGUAUGAAUAUGUUCCCAAUGGUACCCUUUUCGAGUAUAUCCACGAAGAUAAUGAAGAGUUUCCUCUUCUGUGGGAUAUGCGCUUGAGAAUUGCCAUUGAGGUCGCCGGAGCUCUUUUCUACCUGCACUCAUCAGCUUCCAUUCCCAUUUAUCAUCGUGAUAUUAAAUCCACAAACAUACUUUUAGAUGACAAGUACAGAGCAAAAGUAGCUGAUUUUGGAACUUCAAGAUCAAUUUCCAUUGAUCAAACUCAUGUAACAACACUAGUACAAGGCACUUUUGGAUACUUGGAUCCGGAGUACUUCCAGUCAAGCCAAUUCACUGAAAAGAGCGAUGUUUAUAGCUUCGGAGUAGUCCUCAUUGAGCUCUUGACGAGUCAAAAACCAAUUUCAUUCACAAGAUCGGAAGAAGGCAGAAGUCUAGCCACAUACUUCAUUCUUAAAAUGGAAGAGAAACGUCUAUUUGAUAUCGUUGAUGUUCGGAUUACGGAGGGAAGUAAAGAACAGAUUGAGGCAGUUGCUUGCCUUGCAAGAAGAUGCUUGGACUUGAAUGGAAAGAGACGUCCCACGAUGAAAGAAGUUGCAAUGGAGCUGGAAGGGAUUAAAAAAUCAGUUAAAGGUUCUAAUGUGCAGCAAAAUCAUGAAGAAGUUGAAUAUGUUCCAAAUGAAGUGACUGAUCCUUGGGAUGUUGUUUCUACAUCAUCAAGUUCAGUUGUGGACAGUAGUACUGCUUCAUCAACUGAUCGGCUUCUGCUAUCGUCGUCCAAAUUACGAUGACCAUGGACCGGUCUUAGGCUGCGUUUGGUACAGCUUUUGGGCACAGAUUCUGAAUUGCAUCCAAAGCUUCUGUUUCCCAAAAGUGUCUACUUCGGCCUAAAGCUAAAGGACCACCGAUCUGUUUUGAGCAAACUGGUCCAACCUAGCUUUCAGCAUAUUUGAAAAGGGAGAUGACUUUCACACACAUUUUUUAGCGACUCACACACCUCUGUUUAAUCAUCGUAUGUAUUAAUUAUGUUUCUUUCUGCAUGUUUUUAAUUUUUUUCUUGUAUUUUUUAAACUCUAAGAUGAUUAAUUUGUACUUGUUUUUAA